AUGUUGGCCUUUUUUCGAACACUGAUGUCUCUGCUCGUGGUAUCUCAGUCUCUGCUAGCGGUUGCAGAGCCCGACACCAGUCAACUGUAUCAGAGAGAGCCUCCACAGAGUGAAACAGGAUAUGUCAACAUGGUUUAUUUUGUAAACUGGGGCAUAUACGAGAGAGACUUCCAACCACAGGAUCUUCCCGCUUCUAGCAUAACACAUAUACUAUACGCUUUCAUGAACGUACAGCAUGAUGGAACCGUAUUCACAGCCGAUACGUACGCAGAUCUGGAGAAACAUUACGAAGAUGAUUCCUGGCUCGAAAGCGAUACACAAAACGCGUUCGGGUGUGUUAAACAACUCUUUUCCCUCAAAAAAGCACACCGCCAGCUCAAAGUCCUGCUUUCUAUUGGAGGUUGGACUUGGUCUACAAACUUCGCCAGUACUGCAGCUACUUCCACCGGUCGAUCUAAUUUUGCCAAGUCAGCAGUGACACUCAUGAAAGAUUGGGGCUUUGACGGUAUUGAUAUUGAUUGGGAGUACCCAGCUAGCAACGAGGAAGCAUCCAACAUGGUACUCCUCCUUGAAGCGGUUCGAGCUGAGCUAGAUGCCUACUCUUCCGAACAUGCACCGGACUAUCACUUCCAGCUUACCAUCGCCGCUCCAGCAGGAUCUGACUACUACAGCAGGUUGCAUCUAGCGGAUCUUGGCAGUAGGGUCGACUACAUCAAUCUAAUGGCUUACGACUAUGCAGGGUCUUGGAGUCCUGUGGCUGGCCACAAUGCUAAUCUCUAUGCAAACAAAGAUCUCCCUCAAUCUACCCCUUUCAAUACCGAUGACGCCGUAAAGGCUUAUCUGAAGGCUGGGGUCCCCGCCCGUAAACUUGUCCUCGGCAUGCCUGUAUACGGUCGGUCCUUCAUCGGUUCAUAUGACCUGGGAGGGGCGUACUCAAGUGUUGGAAGUCCUAACAAGGCACUUGGCAGCUGGGAGGCUGGAGUUUGGGACUACAAAGCUUUGUCCAAGCAGGGCCUCACGACGAUGUACGACGAGAAGUCACAGGCGUACUACGGUAAGCUCCAGUCUGGCCCAGGUAUUUACUCUUACGACACCCCGGAGGUGGUCCAGAAAAAGGUGUCGUAUCUGAAACAGCAAAGCUUGGGAGGGGCUAUGUUCUGGGAGGCAUCAGGAGACGGGAAAGAGCAAGAAUCGCUGGUGGAAACGAGCUUCCGAUCUUUGGGAAGCACUGACGAGAAAGAAAACUUACUUGUUUAUCCUGACUCAAGAUACAAAAAUAUUGCCUCCGGCUUAAGAGCAGGAAUUGCCUUUUAA